CCCCCCCCCACACAACAUGCUUCUCCUCCCAGCGGCUGCUCUGUGCUGCCUGUGUUCAGCACUGGUUGCCACAGCAGCAGAGCUGACUCAGGACCAGUUGUCUUUGACCGCGACAAUUGGUGGAGAGGCCUCGUUCAGCUGUGGAGGAACUGAUCAGCGUGGAUACAUAUGGUGGUUUCAGAAGAAAGACACAGGAACAUUCACACAGAUUCUUGAUAUUAGUACAAGUGAUGGUCAAAUUGAUAAGAGUUACAAUCAUCCUCAGAAAGACGACUUCACAGCUGAGAUUAAACAGAACAGCUGUGAGUUGAAGAUAAAGAAAGUUAAACCCUCUCAUGCAGCCACGUACUACUGCGCCCGUUGGGACUCUGGAGCCCACAUCUCUUUCACUGUGUGGUUCAUCUUCGGCUCAGGAACCAAAUUGUUCGUAACUGAUCGGCCGGUGGUGACUCCGGUGGUGAGCGUGUACCCGGCAGCUUCCAUAGCCGCCCUGGACGGGAAGAGCUCCCUGCUGUGUGUGGCCUCCAACAUGGUUCCUCCUCUGGUCCAGUUCUCCUGGACAAGACAGAGGGAGGGUGGUCCUCUGGAGACGCUGUCCUCUGAUGAUGGAGAGCAGCUGGAGCUCAGAGGGGAAGGACGCACCGCCGCCAUCAUGGUGGUCGACCGGCACGCUAACUACACAUACAACUACCACUGCCACGUCAGGCAUGAGGGAGCACCGACGACUCCAGCACCGACGACUCCAGCACCGACGACUCCAGCACCGACGCCUCCAGCACAGACGCCUCCACCACAGACGCCUCUGGCGGCCUGGGCCUGGUCUCAGCGGCAGGUGAAGCUGCUGUGUCUGCUCUACACGCUGCUGAUGGUGAAGAGUCUGGUUCACUGCGGUGGACUCGCUCUGAUCCACAUCCUGAGGAACAGGGAGCGUCCAGCCGCUGCUCACCAGACCACGGAGUUUCCUGCAGCAGCUUCAACUUCUCACUGACUCCUGUUCACUUCACUCUGCUUCUCUUUCACUGCAAACAUUCAUCUGAACUGUAACUUUGCAAAGUAUCAAAUAAAGAUUUUAUUCUGAAAACAUUAAACAUAAAAAUAAAACACAUCUCAUCUCCUUUA